UUCCUCUCCCGGUGGUGGGUGCAAAACAAGCUCGAGUCAGAGAUGAGCGUGAGGCGUCAAUGAGACUGACGCUCUCUCGUGCGCUGUCCACAGAGGACACGCGGGAUGCUGAGCGCUCUCUGUGGCUGUUAGAUAAUCAUGGAUCACGAUAUUCACUUGACUGUGGACAGGCGACCGCUGCAUUGAGCGCACCUGAAGUGGACUGCUGAGAGUUCGCUGCAGUUUGGCGGAAAGUUAUGACCGGAUGGAGCGCGCGUCCUCGGGAGGUGUUUCCUCGGCGCUGCUUCCCAAGAACAUAAAUAAAGAGUCUCUGUCACCAACAUGAGUUGGAGCUUUCUCACUCGACUACUGGAGGAGAUCCACAACCACUCCACGUUUGUGGGGAAAGUUUGGCUGACUGUGUUAAUUAUUUUCCGGAUCGUUUUGACCGCUGUGGGAGGUGAGUCAAUCUACUCCGAUGAGCAAACAAAGUUCACCUGCAACACUAAGCAGCCCGGCUGUGACAACGUAUGCUACGAUUCCUUCGCCCCGCUGUCACACGUCCGGUUCUGGGUGUUCCAGAUCAUCAUGAUAUCCACCCCCUCCGUCAUGUAUCUGGGUUACGCCAUUCAUAAGAUCGCCCGUGCCUCAGAGGAGGAACGGUGCAAGAACAAGAUUUAUCAAAAGAGGAACUGCCACAGUCGGUGGAGAAAUGGGCACCACCUAGAGGAGGUCUCGGAGGAAGACGACGCCGAACCAAUGAUCUAUGAAGAAGACAUGUUGGAUGAGCAGGAGGUCAAACCAGAGACAGACAAGGGCAAAUGCCAAGAUCCAGCGAAGCAUGAUGGCCGGCGUAGGAUCGUGCAAGAAGGCUUGAUGAGGAUGUAUGUGCUUCAGCUUUUAUCCCGUGCCAUCUUUGAGGUGGGGUUCCUCACUGGUCAGUAUCUCCUUUAUGGCUUCCGUGUUAACCCUUCGUAUGUCUGCAACAAGAUCCCAUGUCCGCAUAAGGUAGACUGCUUCGUUUCACGACCCACCGAGAAGACCAUCUUUUUACUCAUCAUGUACGUGGUGAGCUGUCUUUGUCUGCUGCUCAAUGUUUGUGAGAUGUUCCAUUUGGGAAUUGGUGCCUUCCGUGACACUCUUCGUAAACGUCGAAGCCAUGCUCAACAACCUCCAUACGGCUACCCUUACUCCAGAAACAUUUCUAGUUCUCCGCCUGGAUACAACCUGGUCGUUAAAUCUGACAAACCGGGUCGCAUUCCCAACAGCAUCAUCCUACAGGAGCAGAACAUGCCCAGAGUGAUUCCAGAACAGCAUUGCACAAGUCCUGAUGAGAACAUUCCCUCUGACCUGGCUACUCUGCAUCACCAUUUACGAGUAGCUCAGGAACAACUUGACAUGGCGUUUCAGACAUGUAACACGAAAAGUGCUCAUAUCUCCAGAGCUAGCAGCCCUGUGUCUGGUGGCACAAUGACAGAGCAGAACCGGGUCAAUACAGCUCAGGAGAAACAGGGUGCACGACCGAAAGCAAGCACUGAGAGGGCAGGGACAACAGCAAAUAAUGGAAAGACAUCUGUGUGGAUUUAGUGUUAAACUCUUACCUGACUAGUCAUGAAACAUUAUCCUCAGAAAACACAUUCUUCCAGCCAAUGCAAACUUAAAUCAGUGAGGUGACAUGAUUGAACAUUAUGUACCCAAGUUCUGUUGAAGAUUAAACAAUACUGAAACAUAAAUAUAUUGUAGAAGGGUAAGCUCUUUACAUUGGUUUACUGUGUUCUCUAUUUCUCAGAAUAAUUAGAUAUAGUAUACAGUAUGUUACAUAUAUUAAGUAUGACGUUUCUCUAAAUUCAAAUGCAUGCAAGUGUAUUGACCAUAUUGGAAGUCUGUCAAACAAUUUAUUCUUUAAUGGAUCAUUGCUUUAAUUUGACUAAGAACAACCCCUAUGUAUCUACUCCAUUCAAAUAGUCAUUAUACUGUAGCUGUAAGAGCUAUAUGUUCACAUAUCUUCUCCUAUUAUUUUUAUUAUUAGUAGUAGUAUUAUUCUGUGGCUCAGUUCAAAACCAAAGUGAGCUGCCACCCUAUCCCUAAGUGUUAAAGUAUAUGCAUACUGGCGAUUCAAAGGCUGUUCCAGUCUGUAAUCAGCAAGAUUAUCCUGCAUUAUAGAAUUCCUCAUUUUGGCCAGAUUCUGAGGCUUCACAUGGAUACCUUAUGGAUAAAGUAAUCCCAGAAUGCAUUAUGAUGACAAUGUGAUCAAAGCACUUUCACACACCUUGUAUGUGCUAAAUGUAUUUUUGGCUCGCUGAAUUCAGUUGCAAUCAAUUGUUAGUUGUUUGUGCUGAUCAGUAUUGUUACUACCUACAGUAUGUAAAGUAGCUUCUCUUUGUAUAGGGUGCUUAAAAGACAGUAGAAAAUGAGACGGCUCACAAGGUUUUGGAACAGAGUCUUUAAAUUAAAAGGAUAUUUCAGCCCAAAAUUUAAUUGUUAUUAUUUAUUCACUUUCAUGCCAUCCCAGAUAUAUAGGACUGUCUUUCUUCUGUGGAGAAAUAAUCCAUCUAUGUGAGUCCAUAUAUUGCAAGUGGAUGGGUCCUUCAAAGUUGAUGCUUCAAAAACCACGCAAAACUAACACAAUGGUUAUCCAUGCAGUUCCUGUCGAUGAAUCAGUGUCUACUGAAGAUGAAUGAUAGAAAAUACUAUUUUCAACUUUUCAAACCAUUGCUAUCAGAUAUUAGCCUGUUGUGAAUGUCAGCAUGAUAUAAGUGCAUAGUAAAACUGACACUCCUCUGCGUCCGUGUCACUUCUUGUACAAGUUUCACAACACACUUACGUCACACAUCAAGUGUGAACUUAAGGACCUGCAUUUGACAGUUUUUAUUUUUGAAGUGUCAACUUUAAGGGAUUCGUUCCACUUACAUUAUAUGGUCUUUCAGAGAUGAACUAUUUCUCUAAGAACCUCUGUUUGUGUUCCUCAGAAGAAAGAAAGUCAUAUCUAGAAUGGCAUGGGGGACAGUUCUAGUGGAGUAUCCCUUUAAUUAGUCUAAAAAAGAUGAUUCUGUCUUUCCUGGUUUCUUCUGUAUCAAAAAAAAAAAAAAAAACUUGGUGUGCAUAUGACCUGGACAUAUAAUAUUCCUGUGCAUUUAUAGAAUAUAUAUGCAUUAAUAUUAUGUGGCACUAAAAUAAUGGAUUGAGACUGCAAUGAUAAGUUGUCUUACGAAGGUAUUUUAAAGGAGCAGUUCACGCCAAAAUUUAUCGAACCUCAACUUUCUUUCUCCGUUGGAAGACAGUGACAGUGAAUGAGGACUGAUCUAUGUGACUUGUGUGUUAAAUUUCAAGUCUUCCAAAGCAGUUUUCCAAAGCAUUUUUUCACUGAAAAUCGUAAAAUUUUUAUUCAAUGUCAAAUUCAUGAACAAUUCACUCAAAUGAUUUGCCAUGUUCUUGUUAAAGCGGGUGGAGUUGAUUAAAUUCAGCUUUUAUCUUUUGAUUUUUUUUUUUCUAAUCUAAUCAACAUAAAUGUCUUUUUUUUGUAUACUGUAUACUUAAACAUUAUUUCAGAGAUGUGUAUUAGUAUUAUGCUCAAGCAAAAUAUUUAAAACAGGAAGAGGGGAUAACGUUCUUCAGAAAAGACAAUAUACAGGUAGCAUGUAAAUUCAUUAGUAGCACCGUUUCACUGAUUACUGUAAAAAAACAAAACAAUGGAAAGUAUGAAUAAACUAACAGAGUGUGUAUGGAGUGAAAACAGUAUCUAAACAUGGACUAUAAAUUCACGUAUGCGAAUGGUAAUCCGCAAAAAGACACAGGAGAUCCAUGUACACUUUCAUAAAAAAGUGCAAAAGUUGUCAGAAUUUUUAUUAUUUUAUUUAUUUUACUUCUGUGCCUGGGUAAGGUAUGUAUGGAUAAGCACAUUGAUAACAAGCCUGUCUAAUAAACAUGCCAUUGUUUAUUACAA